AUAGAUGCUUGUAAUCUUGCCUGCUUCUCCUGUAAGGCUCUUCAAGCUUCUUCAGUUGGCAUGUGAGGCUAGGAGGAUUAAUGGUGAAGAUGUGCCAACUUCUUGUAAAAUAAAUGUCAUACUAAAUUAGGAAUGAUCAAUUAGGAGUGCCUGGAGUGGUCACUGUGGUGGCUGCAAUUAGUGAACAGUGAGUCUACAGUCUACGCAUCAAAGGCCUUGGGUUUCUGUAUAAUUGCAUAUUUAGUGGCUUCUAUGAUGAUAUAAAAGUGGUAGACAGACAGUAGGAAUAAGUAUAAUCAUUGCAAUAGAGAAACAAGUCAAACAACGGCAUCAGAGCAUCAUGGGAUCAGGACUCCUAACAGGAACCAUACUAGUUAUACUGAGUACAUGUUAUACAAAUGGACUAACAUUGAAUGACUUGUACCCAUAUGGUACAGAACAUGGGGACACCAUGAGGACUGGAGAUAGUCCCCCCGUAGCACCAUUACAGCCUUCAAUUGAUAAUUUAGUUGGACUUGGUCCAGCUGGACUUACAGCAACAAGAUACAGAGUUAUACGUAAUGGGUACCUGGCAAUUGCAAGCGAUGAUUUAAAUAAACGUAUCGAUUUGAAUUUGCUCACUCUGCCUUCAGCAAGUGAUUUUUCCAAUACUGAAGUAUAUGGUAGGACUACUGCUGAUCCAGGGCUGAUAAACAGAGCAAUGGAUCAGAUUAAUGAAGCAUUUCCUAAUACUUUCUGCAGUACAUCUCCUCCUACACAAUUAAUAAUAGCAACUUGGAUAGAUUAUCUAAAAGCUAGCACAAACCUAGGCAGUAACUUCCAGGCAAUUGUUGUAACUAAUGGAAGCAUUACAUUUGGUAUUGCUCUAUAUGUCAAUGUACGCAUUGCCACAGCUAUUAUCACUGGAAUAAGUUCAAUAGUUAACGUUUAUGUACCACCUGAUCCAUCUUUCUUUCCAUUUGGCACUGAUGUCAUGGAUGCUCCUACUAUGAUGUCCAAUAGCACCACACCAGGGACAUAUAUAUUUUCAAUGAAUGAUAUAUUACCAGAUACUUGUAAUCUUGCCUGCUUCUGUAAGGCCAGGCUUUUUCAAUUCGCAUGUGAGGCUAGGAGGAUUAAUGGAGAACAUGUACCAGCUUCUUGUAAUAACUAAUGACAUUUAAUUGUAUUGUAUUUUUUAUUGUUUUAGUUAAAAAUAAAGUCAAUUUUAUACUUUAA